GGUUUUGACACACUACAUAAUAUCAACUUAUAGUGUUAUAUACAAGCACCUAAGUUCACUUUAUAAAAGAAUACUCUUAGUGGGAGGAAUGGUUGAGUAAUGUUUGGUUUCCAGCAAAUUUACUCAAAGACCAUACAUGUAUGUUCAAGAAAGAAUCAGUCCAAGUUUAUUAGUGAAGCAGAUAAGUCAUCAGGAAACUAAAGAUGGCUUUAAGGAGAAUUUAUUCUUUCGUGUUUUUUAUUCAUCUACUACAAACUUUUCAUUUAAAUACAUCUACUAUAUUAGAAAGUUGUCCAAUGUUAAACAUUAACAACUCUAUGACACAAACUGAACUUUUACAAGAAUUAACAAAUAAUUGUCGCUAUGACAAGAUGAUUAGACCACCAGGAGAAACUAAUUCUACAGAUCCAAUUCACGUAUAUACCAGGGCUUACAUUUACACAAUUAAAUCAAAUAUGGCAAAAACACUGGUACAAUUUGAUGUACAUAUAAUGUUGCAAUUUAGAUAUUUGGAUAAUAGGCUAAAAUUUUCAAAUAUUGCUCCAUACUUGACUCAAAUACAUGGUGGAAAAUUUGCACAUGAUUUAAUUUGGACACCUACCGUAUAUGUUUCUAACGAGCCCAGUUCAGCUAUAAUGGGAAGUGGUGUGAAAGAUAUACUUGUUUCAAUAGAUCCAUCAGGCAUGGUCAUACUGAACACUAGGUUGCAAGCAACUCUUAAUUGCGGGCUCCGUUUGGAGAAGUUUCCAUUUGAUGUACAAGAAUGUCCACUUAUUUUUGAAAGCUGGACAUACAAUGUGGUCGAUAUGGUGUUGUAUUGGGACCAAGAUCCAAUCAUACUUGCAGAUGAAUUACAUUUAACUGAAUAUAAGCUGAUUGAGAAAUGGGUUAACACAUCAGAAGUAUAUUAUACUACAUCACAGCAACAUUAUGGUCAUUUUGCUGGUAAUUUCAGUUCACUUAGUAUAACAUUUAAAUUAGCACGUGAGAUGGGAUUUUUUAUGAUGGAUUACUAUAUUCCAUCUAUACUAAUAGUAGUUAUUUCUUGGGUGUCUUUUUGGUUGCAUAUGGAUGCAAGUCCCCCACGAAUAGUUUUAGGAACAAACACUAUCUUGACAUUUAUGACUCUUGCAUCCAAAGUAGAAAAUUCCCUGCCAAAAGUUUCUUAUAUAAAAGCCAGUGAAAUAUGGUUUUUAGGUUGUACAAUAUUUUUAUUUGCAGCAAUGGUUGAAUUUGCUUUUGUUAAUACAAUUUAUAGACGGAAAAAAAAUGUUCCCUUAAAAAAGGUAAAUAGUAAAUACAUAUUAAAAUCAACGUUAACGCCAAAACUGGCACGAAAACAAUUUCAAAAAAAUACUACGGGGUUGGAGCGGUCACGAUCUUGGUCUUCACUUGAUAACGCAAACUCCAGUGAACAAGAUUUUUCAAGUCAAAAUUAUCUUACUGUACACAGUUUUCCAAGUACACUUAACAUUCCUUCUGUUAAAAUUGAAGAAGAUAAAGAUCAAAAAUGUUCUAUUGAAAGCAUUAUGACUGUUAAUAGCACAUCACCGAAACCUUUGCAACGAAGAGCAACUCUUGCACAAUUGCAUAAUUUUACAACAAUGACUCCACAAGAAAUUGCUCAGUGGAUUGAUAGACGUAGCAGGAUUGUAUUUCCUGUAGCUUUUAUUAUAUUUAAUAUCUUUUAUUGGUCUUUUAUUUGGAUAUAAAAUUGUCAUAAAUAUAUAAAUUAAAUACAUAAAAAUAACUUUUUCUUACUAAAUUAAAAUCUCUAGCAGUAUCAGUUGCAUUUAUACAAUUUAGCUGUAUAAAAUUUUAAAUGGAAAAUAUGUUUUUCCAUAGCAUAUAUGUUAUUGUAGUGAUUGUUUAUUUAU